GUAGGGGGUGUGGGUCCACCGGCGCAAAGGAAAACCCACAUUUUUCAUUGUUAGGGACACGGUGGAAUGUGAUGGUUUGAUCCUACAGCGCAGGGAGUGGAGGGAAGAAACAACGAAGGCAGUUCAGGAGGAAAACAAACCCUGUCCCGCUGGUGUACCAGUAAAAUCUGUGAAAUAACUUGUGUUCAGUCUGGUUCAAACCUACAGUCAUCUUGUCGGAACUCUUCGACACAAAGCGAAUCAAUUUGGGGACUAUCGCAGAUUUUUUUUCAUGGCAAGGGCUUGUGGAUGGAGCUCCAUAGUGAAACCAUCUGGUGACCGACGGGCUGCAUUUACCAGCUGCUUAGCACCCAACACAAGAGGAUGUCUCCAUAGAAAGUGAUAGACACCCAUGUUGACCAUCAAGCUGAGGGGAGUUGAAGGAAUAAGAACCAACCAAAGAAAAAGGGAGAAGACAUUGUGUGGAGAGGAGAAAGGGACUGAACAUAACUCAACAUUACGGACUUGUGACUCAUCAUUUUAACCAGAGAAGGACUGCCACACAAAUGUGGACCUCCCAAAAAGUAGUAAAAUAAUUUCCCCUUUCCAUAUAGAAGACAACAGCAAUAAUAUCUGUGAUGUCUGAAAACAAAGACAUAACGAAUCGCCACCUGCGGCACAAGCUGCAAAGCCUGGGACGGCGGCUGGAUGAGCUUGAGGAGGCCACCAACAAGCUCCAGAAGUCUGAAGAUGAGCUGCUGGAUCUGCAGGACAAAAUCAUCCAGGCAGAGGGCAGCAACUCCUCCAUGCUGGGCGAUGUAGAGGCGCUGCGCAAGCGGCUGCUGAGGAUUGAAGGCAAAGACGAGGAGGUGUGCAAGGCAGAGGAUCUCUGCCGCACAGUGAGGGAGAAACUGGAGGAGGAGGAGAGCUUGACCAAGGACCUAAAGUCUGAGAUUGAGCGCCUGCAGAGGAGGAUGGCUGAGUUGGAGAAGUUGGAAGAGGCCUUCGGCAAGAGCAAGUCAGACUGCAGCCAGCUCUGCCUCAAUCUCAAUGAAGAGAAGAACCUGACCCGGAAGCUCUCCUCUGAGCUUGAGGCCCUCAAGGCCCGUGUGAUGGAAGUGGAUGCAUCAGAGGUAAGGCUGGACCGGGCUGAGAAGUUUCUGGCAGGGGAGCUGGAGCAGCUCAAGGGUCUCACUCAGACUUUUGUGAGUGAGAGGAAGAGGCUCCUGGAGAAGCAAAGGGAGGAUGAGAAGCUUAUACUAAAACUGACAGAAAAGCUGGAUUGUCAGAAGAACAGGAUCGGCCGAGCAGAUCCCAGCCGCACAGACUUGAGGGACCUCCGCAUUGAAGAUGACCUCUCAUCUGGCCUGACUAGCAAGCUGGGGCGCAAGAAGAGUGUGGACUACCUGAAACUGGGCGAUGACGUUGGGCUAAGGAAUAAGUCAGAAAACGAGAAGAACAGCCUUGAUGGCCAGGAAGACAACAAAGUCAAGGAACUCACCCAGGAAGUUGAGAGGCUGAAGAACCGGCUGAAGCAACUGGAACUAGUGGAGGAGGAUCUCAAGAACACAGAGUCAAAGAGCGGAGAGCUGCAGGAGAAGUUCCAACAGGAGAGGUCCCGCAGCCGAGCUCUCAGCGAUCAGGUGGAGCAGCUUAGAAUGCAGCUGUGCAGUCACGGCAAUGGAGGGCUUAGCAGUCCAGCAAAGGUCCUUGAGAAUGGCAAGGCAGAAAAUGAAGAGAUCAAUGUCCGGGGUGGGUUCAGGAAGGACAAGCCUAAGUACAGGAGUGCUGCAGAGCCAGCCGCCCCCAAGUACAAGAGCAGAGAGCUGUCCCCGCAGCACAAGAGGGAGACCAAGCUGAGGAGCAAAGAGCUGAGCAACUCCGAGGAAACUUCUCCAAAGUCUGUCAGGAGGGCACUCAGUCCUUCACACAAGAGCAGGAGGACACCAAAGACUGGAUCCUCAACUGCCUCUGACAAUGUAGUGAAAGAAAUAGGUAGAAGGGUGGAGGACAAAACAACAAGGGGAGGAGCCCAUACUCCUGUUAGCACGUCUUUGAGUGACAGCAAGAAGGUCUCGGUUCUUAAUCGCUACCCUCCAGCAGCUAAUGACCAGAAGCCAUGGAAGACAUCUCAGAAGCCAAGUGAGAGUGAAAGCAAAAAGAGCCAAGUGGAUAAGUUUUCUAGAUUGAAUGUUGGUUGUGACAGUGAGUCAAACAAUUCUGUUGUGGUGCCUGAAAGCUCAAGCAAGACCAACACAGUCUCCCCUCCUGAAAAGGAUGCUUCUGCGUCUGACCUGGUGUCUGUGGACCUGGUUCAAGAGGCUCCUCCAGUGUCAAACCUCUCACAGGCCAAUGGGUCGUACACUGCCUACAAGUCCCAUGUGUCCCCGCUGGUCAGUGAUCAUGGCUCUGAGGGUCACUCUUCAGCCUCUGAGACUGAAUCCACUGGGUCCAGGCCCUCAGAACCAGAGCCUGUGUCUGAGGUGGCAGCACUGAGUAGCAGAACCUCCAACCCUCCGAAGUACUCUAGAUACUCUCGCCUACAAGACUCCCAGUCAGAGGGUUCCUCCACCAGGAGCUCGAUUGACGAGGAGCAGAACAGGCUGUUGAUGGCUGAAGGAGGAUAUCUGGAGCCCACUCACGCCCCAGCAGGGAUGGAGGUCCGCAGGGUCUGCAGCCCACGGGAGGCCCUGAGGUCAAAGGCAGUCAUCAAGCCGGCCAUUGUGGAGAUUGAUAGGAAGGAAGUUAUGAUAUCCGGAGUCGGGGCAGAGUUCUUGACCUCCAAUGGCAAGCCCAAAAUCUCCACGAAACCUGUCGUGACCACCAACAAGAUGACCAGCAGCAUCACUAUCUACCCCAACGAUCCCAGCUCUUCCAGGACCAGCAGCCGCAGCAGCAGUGUAUCCAGCGAGCCACCAGUCAAGGAACGCCACACGUCCACUAGCAACAUUGUCAUCGGGCCCAGUGAGCACAGGGGGAACAUCUCCAUCCCCUAUGAGAUCUCCAUUCCCAAGAGUGAGAUCACCCUCCGGCCAUCCAUAGAUGGCCCUGACGAAACAGAUCAACCAGGGGUGCUAGGGAUGGCCCGUGCGGAGACGCACCUACGCCCCCGAAGCAGCUUCAGCCUCCAGUCACCGGAGACCAUCUCAGACUUCAACAACGACACAGAGUCAGGUUUCGAGAGCAGCAGUAGCAGCACUACCACCGUCACCAGCUGGAGGAGAUACCACGGCCACCACACCUCCCAGGACGACGGUCUCCCAGAGAUGAGAAACCUGACUGUGCGGAGCACCUGGAGGAACAGGGGGGCGGCAUCUGUGGACGAGCCUGGCCAGGGAGCCAGGCUGGAAGGGGUGGGUUCUGAAGAUGAGUUAGAGUCGGCCACCACGUGGAGGGCGUACCGAGCCACCACUGUCCUGGACAAGGAGGAGAAGGUAAAUGCCACAGGGGCCUCUACAUCACGGGCAGCCAAGCCAUCGCCAGCAGAGCUGUACAUGCGCAGGAUUAAGAACAGUGUGGUGACCACCAGGGACAUUGCAGAGCCGGUGCGCCGGAGCAAGAGCUCUCUGUCACCAACUGAGGGAGUUAUGCAGAGGAGUAUCCCCCACGAGCCUGUCAGUUCUCAGGAGCUCACGCCCCGGCAGACACAACCCAUGGCUGCUGACAACACUAACCCCAGCUCUUGGUCACGGAGGACGAGGCCGGCGCCCAGUGACCUGGGUACCUACGAGAGGGAGAGAGUGAGGAGCUCCAGGCCUGACCUAGGGGCCAGCAGAGGAACGGGAACCACGGCUUCCAGACCAGAGCUGUGGUCCAGUAGGGGUCAGGCUGGCCAUACGGAGAGGAUGACCGGGCGCGGCAAUCGACCAUGGAGCAACCGUCAGACCGACAACUAAACCGGCCAACCGUCUUAGUAGCUCCGCUUCAUAAUGUCCAGAGCUCUCCAUGCCCCCAAACUGCUUGGAGCCCCUCAACAAGGAGAAAUGUACUGUAUCAAGCAUAUCUAAAUCCCCGAGCAACAGCAGUCACAGCCAUACAGAAGAAUAACAACUCUCAAGUCCCUGUCCAGCACCUACCCAUGCUUCUCAGAGUGCAAAAACAAGAUUGCCGCCCUCUGAAACCUUCAACCACACCCUUCCAUUUGCACAGACACAACAGCAGUUGUAUUAUAAUAUGCCCAUAUACAGUAUCGCUCUGGUGUGGACCUCACCACCAGUGAAUGUAUCCUCUUCCGCAUCUUCUCCUACCAGAUGUAUUAUAAUGUAUUCCUCAGACUCGACAAGGGAGAGAUGAUCACUUGGGUGACUGGGCCUAGAGGUGUGUGGGGGGGGGGAGGAGAGACACAGGAAGGAAGGAUUUGUUGUCUUUCGGAGUGGACCGUUACAAGACCUCACUUUGGAACUUCCCAGCGGAGCUGCACAAAGGAUGGACCCAUGUGACCAGAAACGGGGAGCGAAUUACUUGGAUUAAAAAUAAAUCUACUCUGAUCUUUGAUUUAUUCAAACUUAAUUUGAUGAGCGCUUAGACCAUGCAUUUGCUUUAUACUGACAACAAGAGAACGACCAAUAUGGGUUUAAGGGCCUAUACUGAUACUGAUUUUUGGAGGUCAAGGAGGCCGAUGGACAAUGUUUUAUGCCGAUAAUUAAUAUAAUUAAAUUUUAGCAUUUUGAUAAAUUCCCAGAGACAGCCAUAAAUCAAUUAUACAAUCAAUUGUACUUUAUAAAAAAAAUCUAUCUACAUAACAUAAUGGUAAUCAGUUUUGAAGGCUUAAUCUCUUGAUAAACUGGGUAAAUCAAGAUGGCAUAGGCUUGCAUACUCACAAUACAGAUCAAAUCAUACCCAAUAAGACUGUAUGCAUUCAGCUUUUGAACUAAUUUGGGCUCAUUUCAAUGAUCUAUGGGUCUACAGAUGACAAUCUGUUUUCCUUCCAUUUGGGACCAUGUUAGCCUCAGGGUUGGGGAGUAAACUUGAUUACUUUUAAAUUCAGAAAUGAUGUUUGUGGGAAAAACAUACAUAGUGAUACCAUUCUGUUUUUUCAAUGACAUUCAAUGAAUCAUUGAAAAAAGGUGCAAGUGUUAAGUUUGUUCCACUUGAGGGAGUCUGACCAGAAGUCAGAGACCACUAUGAUGACACACCAAAUGUGUUUGAUGGAUCCUUUUUGUCUUCUUCGAAUGCCUCUUAAGAGGGAAGUAAUCCAAAAGUAAUCAUAUUGUUACUGAUUACAAUGUUGGACAGGUAACUGUAACACAUUCCAUUUAGAAAGUAGUCUACCAAACCCUGUUAAGGCCUAGUGAUCAACAAAAUGUUAAUAGAAGUAGCCUAUUGUCUUCUUUUAUAAAGACGUGCGCUGCCUCUUUAAAGGUGCUCCAUAGGAUUUUUCUGAAUUGUUGCAAUGUAAUUACAGAAAAUGUUCAUAAUAGAGUGGAAUGAAAGUGUUUCACAGUAUUACUUAUCCGCCAGUGUUGUGAUUGGCUGUGAUAUUCGCCUAGUGAUUUCUCCCGCCAGAGCUGCAUCUGUUGUCAAAAUGGGAAAAGCUGUUUUGACUUUGUGUCUGUGUUAUCUAGUGGAAAAGGGGUCAAUCGGGCAAUGUAGAAGUCGCUCCGUCAUUUACUGGUUGUUAAAAUUCUACACUGUUCGCUCAAUUUCAGUUUGUGCGAAAACAAGCACUUAACAGUGUAGGGCAGUGGUCACCAACCUUUUCUGAGUCGAGAUCACCUUGAGUAAAAAAUGCAACCGAUCUACCGCUCUUUUUUAAAUAUUUACAUUUACAUUUAAGUCAUUUAGCAGACGCUCUUAUCCAGAGCGACUUAUGACUUUAAAAAAACGUACGCCUAUGCAACAUUAACCAAUUAAAAACGGUUAUGUAGCAAUGAGGUUUGUGCAGUAGGCUAUAGGCCCAAUACAUUAUCACUGCAUAUGGACUAUUCUUGAAUUGCCGUGCCAAUGUUGUUCUUCUCAUUUUGGAAUUAUAGGUAUAUGAUCACACUGGUAAUAGAUCAUUUGUCGUAUUACUCGAGAGGCUGAGUGAGCAUACUUUUUUUUUUUUACUGGACUGAUUGCCUGGAUCUAUUGGUCAGUCUGAGGAGGGAGCGAGCAGCCGUGAGGUUGACCCUCACCCGACUCACCGUCCCUUCGCUCUCCCUCCCUCUGCUGUGAAAAUGAGACACAGUCUUCCAUCUGAUGGCGAAACUCAAGUCGCACUGCAUUAUUUCUGCUUCAUGCAAUAUUAUUUCACGUUGCCAGAGAAAAUGAAAUAUUCCUUGAUAUUAAGAAAGACAAGCCACUACUAAUAACAAUGCAAGCUUUGCUGUACUCAUUUAUUGCAGCAGCAGUGCUGGUUGUAGCGUGAGUGGAAGUAGGGAGAAAGUGCAUUUUAUGGCUUAUAAAAGGUGUUGAACAGUGUGUUGACAGUGUUGAAUAGCAACUUAAACAUGAACUUACUCAUAAAAACAGAAACUCUUUGAUGUAUUUGUUGAGUCUCUAGUCCAUGGUUUUAAAUGUUUUUUUGAAAUCUCACAGUAUCAACUUUGCUUCUUUUUACAGUCUAUUGCUCGGGGAAACAGUGCAGUGAUCUGAGCUAUCUGAUUGGACAUCGGUAGGCCUAUAGGUGCACUUGAAUUUCUUUCUGGGCCUGCCGGGUAGGUCGGCGUUCUACUUUCAGACACAUGAAGUGGUUCAAAAUGGGAUUAAUUUGCCUUCCCAUCGCUAGGGCUGCUGAAUCAGGUAAACUUACCGUCAACAGCGAGAAACCAAUAAAAAAAUACAAAUAGGAACGCAAGGCUUUAUCAUUGUUUCUUUUACAGAAAUGUUUGGUGAUUGACUAGAAAUGCUUGGAGAUCAACCAGUCGCUCGCAAUCGACCGGUUGGUGACCACUGGUGUAGGGAAUCAUUGUACCAUCUAAAUCGCUGUGAAAUAUCUUUUCAAAAACAAAGAAUAUAUUUUUUCCAGCUGUUUGAAGCUGGUGGACGAAAACCAAAAGUUAAAGGUGUGAGAAGUAAAGUGUGAGCCUCCACCUUGUUAUAGGGAAAUGGCAUGCUGGGGAGGGGGAGAUUUGUUUUGAAUGCGGCCGAGUGCUGUUACAAUUCACCUAGCUUCCAACUUGGGAGAAAUUCGAGGUGUAGCACCUUUUUAAGAGAAAAUACACCACUCAGGACUCAUGUAGCCAGGCAGUUCGAGAGAAGAAACCACUGGUCACUCAUGUAGCCAUUUAGCAGUGAAUUAUUAACCCAAUUUUUGGUGACAAUCAGCUUUAAAAUGAGCAUGUCUUGAGGUUCCUUGAGGACAUGCUAACUAGCAAUGGGCGGUGCCGGCUGCAGGAGUUUCACACGAGAGGCAAGUGCGCUGAGGCUUUAAAGGGGAAACCGGCUGCGCCGAUAGAAUAGGAAAGGCUAAUAUCGGCACAAAAUAUUGUCCCGACCGACUAUUGGUCGUUCUUUACCGACAACCAUAGCAUUUUUGCAGGGUUUUAUUUUGCACCUUGCGCACACACACACGCACACCUAAAGCCAUUUUUAACCCACAAAACAUGACUAUCGUCCCAGGGAAUGCAUAAUGUCGGCCUAAAAGAGGUUUGAAUGUAAGGGCUUUGCGGAGGUUUGCAUGUUUCUACGUACUGUAUAAGAGGAGCAUUUUGAAGUUGUGUGCCUCCUGCAUGCCCUCUGCUUUAAGAACAACAAAGAUAAGGACCCUGUCGUAGAUGCACAUUCUUAUUUACUUAUAGGCUGCAUACAACAUAUCAUCUUCAACACCAGUACCUAAGCAUUACGGAAGUUGGUAGCCAAGGACUUUGAUCAAACCUUCAAAAUUGUGCUUCAUUUUGUUUCUCAGUCAUUCACUCCCUGUUGCUCACCAUCCCCCCCCCGGAUUGUCUGUUUGGACAAAUGGCCGAAAAGAAGGUCCACCCCUUUUGUCUACACUCAAUGAAUUAUUGAAUGCACGUAUUUUAGCUUGGGGGGGGGGGGGCAUAUACUGAAUAUUAGUCAUCUGGAGGAGGACUACUAGUCCUAGGGUGCUUUGCUUCAGCACACCUCCCUCCCUGGACUGGACACAGAAUGGAGGCUCUGACUGGAACUGCUGACCUGGAUCUAGCUGUAAACUCUGCAGCGCUGCUGUGAACAGCCAAUCCAGCACAGGAAGCAAGGCAUUGGGCUCGUGUUGUCCAAUAUCCACAAGGAACAAUCAGUCCAAAUGUACGCGACUGGGUUCGCAGUGCGAAUCGUCUCAACUCAACUUGUUUUUUUGUUUUUUUCUAUAGAAAUGUAUUUUGUUUUAAUAUUAAAACUGGACUUUUUGUUGUUGGAUAAGGGAGGGUUUGGUGUCACUCUGGCCAGAAACCUAGAAAUCAUGGAGGUGCCAUAGAAACACCACCAGCCUAGUUUUGAGGUCUGAUAUACUCUUACAUAUACACACUGCAAUAUUCAUACAGGCAAUACUCUGUGAACUCUAAACUCCUAACUACAAACUCUGGUAGGAGGGGUACCAUAUCGCUUCAGGAAUGGCAGCUGCACCUGAGAAUGACCUUUGCUUGUUGGCUCCCCCCUUAGAUCCUAUUGGAGAGUCACUGUAUUAUUACGGCAUGCGAUGACUAGGACGUUGGAUCCAGAAUGGGGUAAUGCAGGUGUUAAUACGGUUUGUAUCGUUCUAUGGCCAGCUUGUUCACUAGUUCUCUUAGAGGUCUCACCAGUCAGAUCUCAAGUUUCUUAUGCGAGAUUGACCAGAGAGGUAGGAGUUUCCCCAUGAUACCGGUCAGUUGUUGUAGUUUAGCUUUACCUGUAUAGUACCAGCCAACCAGCAUUUUCACUGUAGCUUUCAUAUUUAUUAAUUAUUUACUACAAAAUGCAUAUACCUAUUUUUCAUUGUGAACUUUGCAGUUUGGUGAUGGGGACCUAUCAUUUACAGGCCUUUUUAGAUUUCAUAGCGUAUUGAGAAUGGGAAAUGGAAGAAGUCAUCACACAGAAUACAAAAAUAAUGACCCCCGACCCUGAAAUCACCACCUUGUAUUCCUCUAACCCUGUGGAAAUUGGAGGUGCAAUUACCCUCCUGCUAUCUAGCAAUUUACGUGUUUACCUUUUUAAAUAAUUAUUCCUCCUCCACUUACUGUCAAUGCUGUGUGUGUGAUAAUCCUGUUCUAGAAUUAUGAGAGGAAGUUUUAGUCAAGGUUUGUCUACUGGUUAUUGUGUGGACAAGUAUAAUGAAUGCUCAUUACACAUUUGCAAAGAUUUUUACAUUUGGAGAGAAUAUUUUAUAGAAGAACAUUUUCCAGAAAAUACCAAGAACUUCCAAUCUUUUGAAUUGAAAAGUUUUGUUUUGGGACCCAUAAACAAAUGUUCGCUGCCCAAAAUGUUCUGCCCUUUCGAUUCGCCUGUUAGAAGGGCUCCGGCUCAGCUCAGCUCAGCAUCAUAAAGCAUUAGUGUUGCCAUGUGGUCCCUUACACGGCUACUGGCCCGUCUGCGAACAUGUGUUUAGUGCAAACGCACACCGCUUGAUGCUGUUCAGAAGCCCUGGGCUGAUGUGCCAAGGGCUACGUGACGACUUGGCCCCGCGACCAGUCCUCCUCGGUUACCAGCAUGACGACCGCCAGCCGGCCACUCGUUCCAAAUCUGUAUUUCCGACCUUGUCACUUCUGUCCUGCACAGUGGUUCUGAGAAGGGAAGAGUACAGUGGUUCCAGUUUCCCCCCCUUUCUCUCCUCCUUCCCCUACCUCAAGAAUGCCUUGAUUCUUAACGCCCAUGAUAAGCAAUGCUAGUUCUGAGAGCCGUUUUACAGGCUGCCAAAGCUUGCCAGCAGACACUGAUAUACAGCUCCCGGGUAACCGAAAGGUCGAAGGUCAAGGCUGGAGCUAAUCGCGUCUUUCCCUUUGACUUUGGAGGGUUAUAAAUACUGGGGGGGAAAUCGAGACGAUUUGGCAGCGUCCAGCACUAGCCCGAAACAGAGGCAGUCGAUGGGUGUCCAGUCAAAACUGGCCCGCUCUGAUGUGCCAAAAUCCACAUGCUAGUGGUUGUUGUCCAUCAUAGCCAAGGGAUUUAUGUAUAAUGCUCAUAUUAAAGUGUCUGUGCAGACUCUCGAUGCAAAUCACUCACUGGGGAUAUUUUGAUAGUACCGUAGGUUAAAUUGAGCUUGAGCUCCUUUUUAAGAAGGUACGGAUUUCGGAGCUCCGUGUCAAAGUUGAGCCCAGAACACGUGCACAUCAACGGUCAUAGACGUACGUCGCCCUGGGUCGGGUAUCAUCAUAUCAUUAAUCCUAUGAUGCAAGGCCAGCACCCCUUCCCCCGCCAUACAGUAUCCCCUGCCCCCCGACACUCUGAGGGGAGGGGGGGGGUCCCCAGGAUGACAGCAGCUGUCGGAAACCAUAGGUUUAAUGUGCUCUCCAAGGGUCGUCCCGGGGAUGGGCUUCAAAGAAAGAAGUUUUUAAAGGGCAAGGCUAAAACUCCCCCCCCCCCCCCUACAUGGCCCCUGUGUACAUGAACACUUCACUGUAACGUUACCAUAACUUCCACUGCUGACUGGCCUCGCUAUGCCCAUCUAAGGGUUAGCAAGAGGAAUGGAUGUGCGUUGAGGAGCUCUGAUUUGGGGAAGAGGAUGUGUCAUCAGGACCCCUUACCACAGAACGUCCUCAAGUGUAAACUGGGUAUUAACAAAUGUUUUGGAGUCUUUCCAGGCUCCACACGCAGCUGGAAUUGAAAAUAAGGCAUUGCAGGAUUUCAAAAGGGCAAUGGUUCUGAAGUCUCCAAAUGUCUCUGUUUGGGUAUAGUGAGUAUCACAGAUAUUUUGUCUGCUGUAUGGAGAUUGUCCGAUUAGGUAUGAUAGGAGAAAGACUAGGUUUAGACAGGAAGAACCUCCCACCAUUUUGAAAUGAGAACAGAACGGUUAACUCUCCUCAUUCUGUAACUUCUGGUGUAUAAACAUCUGUUAUUUUACACGUCAUUGUUUUUUCCUCUCUUACAAAGUAGCGGAGAAUGUACUUAACGGAGGGAGGCUAAGAGACCGGAAAUGGCUCUUUGGAAUGAGUUGGCAUUGGUCCUCAAAGGCCUCCUUUGUAAUUGGAGGGUUCAUGGUGUCAAUGGACUUCAGAAACGGUAAUCUGCACUUAACCAGCACUUAACUUAAGACCCUACAUAAGUAAGCCCCCUUUUGUCAAAAGUCACUUUUGCGUGUGUCCCUGACAAUUUUAUUCCACUCUUUGUGAUUAUUUUUCUUUGCUGAAUGUAUGGUCAUCAAAGGGUGUGUGUGUGUGUUUUUUUUUUUUUUUUGCACCGGCCAAAUUGAAAUUGAUUGAAAGCAACAACUCGUCCGAUAGCGUGAGGAGUUGUAGACUGUUAUUGUACAAAUUAUUAUGGAGUCCUUCAUAUUUAAAAAAAAAAACAAUUGUGAUGAUUUCGUGAGGCAUGGCACUCGAUCACAUCCGUGUCUUUGCCUUCUAACAUUGUGCCAAAAUCAUUCCACAGUGUUUCCAUUUUACAGUCCGUGAGGCAGCGCCAGUGUUUUCCAAGAUGGAUACCCUGGUCUCUUCGACUAUUUGUGCUGAAAUAAGGGGAAAUAUUCAAUUUGAGGGUUUUUCUUUUGUUUUCCGCCCAUGUAUUUUUGUGUCCGUUUUGUAAAACAAAAGAUGUCUUAUUUUGGAAGCUGUAUCAGAGAUUUUAUUUAAGAAAAUCUUGUAAUUUUGUAAAGUGGGCCUUAUUGAAAUAUAUUUAGUAUUUGUCCUCUUUGAUUGUAACGAUUUCAUUUUUGCUAGAUACUGUAUGCAUCUUUCUCAUUAAUGCAUUCCUGGAGAGUACUUUCCCCUUUUUGUUUUAGUGCGAAAGAUGUCUCAUGACCUUGAGCUAUGAGAUGGCAAGAGGAGAGAGACAUGUCAGAAGCCAGCCUUGUGUCAUAGUCAUUGAAGAAUGAGAGUAAUGUACAUUUUAUCAGGAGUGGGUCUGCUAGGAGUCAACAGUCUUAAGUCAUUUGCCAUGUGGCGUCCUGUUUUAUUAGCGGUUCAGGAAUCAUUCAGUCGGUCCAGGUUUUUUGCUACUCUGCCCCCCCCAUAAAUUCAGGGUUUGUUCAUCUUGUGUGCUGUUUGCAAAUGCUGCCAAAGAAAAAGAUGUUUAGGCCUCAAGACACACACACAUACUUAUGAAGAACUGGAGAUUCUCCAACACACACCCACUCCCACACACACAGGGGAAUUUGGCCUGUAAAAUCAACUAGGGGGGGUUGGAAGUCAUGUUUUUAUAUUGCAGUGUGUUUAUAGAUGGAUAGAAAUGCUUCUGAAAUGGGGGGGGGGGACUGAACAUUGUAACGAAAAGAGAAAUGUACGUUAUGAAAUCAGAUCAAAAAGGUUAUUCUGGGCGUCGCUGCGCCAAGCUUUUCUGUGCCGGUAAUACACAGCAAAACGGUGCGGGAUGCUUUUCUGUCCUCGAGUAAUAAUACAUUUGUGCAUGUUUAACCUUCCCGCACUCCUGCAUGUAGGUCUCUCAAAGCUGCCAACUGUACAGCGGACUAUGUAUUCCAAUCAAAUAAAAAAAGCAACUUGUUUGUAACCUUG